AGAGUAGGUUGUGCGUCAGUUCCUGGAAGGUGGGGGCAUUUCCUGAGGCGUUUGCAACACCAAGAAGUUGUCCCAAAGGAGGCCGAACCCUACUCUGCACACCAGGCCAGGAACGUGAAGACCUGGUCCUGGGCCAUCCUGCUGUGGAGACGGCCCGUCAUCCCCCUGUGCACUGGCAGCUCUCUCAGCCAGCCGCCUGGGCUCCACCUGACCAUGUCCCUGGCUGAGGCCAUCAGUUUCUGGAAUGAAGGGGUGCUGGCAGCCGACAAGAAGGACUGGAAAGGGGCCCUGGAAGCCUUCAGCGCAGUCCAGGACCCCCACUCCCGGAUCUGCUUUAACAUGGGCUGUGUGCACAGCAUCCUGAAAAACAUGCUCGAGGCUGAGAAGGCCUUCACCAGAAGCAUUAACCGGGACAAGCACCUGGCAGUGGCUUACUUCCAGCGAGGGAUGCUCUACUCCCAGAUAGAGAAAUAUGACUUAGCUAUUAAAGACCUAAAAGAGGCCUUGACUCAGCUUCGAGGGAACCAGCUGAUAGACUACAAGAUCCUGGGGCUGCAGUUCAAGCUGUUUGCUUGUGAGGUGUUGUAUAACAUUGCUUUCAUGUAUGCCAAGAAGGAGGAAUGGAAAAAGGCUGAAGAACAGCUAGCUUUGGCAACAAGCAUGAAGUCUGAGCCCAGGCAUUCCAAGAUUGACAAGGCCAUGGAAAGUGUGUGGAAACAGAAGCUGUAUGAGCCGGUGGUGAUCCCUGCGGGGAGGCUGUUUCGACCGAAUGAGAGACAAGUGGCCCAACUGGCCAAGAAGGAUUACCUAGGCAAGGCCACGGUUGUGGCGUCUGUGGUGGAUCAAGACAGCUUCUCUGGGUUCGCUCCCCUGCAGCCGCAAACAGCUGAGCCUCCAACCAGACCCAAAACCCCAGAGAUCUUCAGGGCUCUGGAAGGGGAAGCUCACCGAGUGCUCUUUGGGUUUGUUCCUGAGACACCAGAGGAGCUCCAGGUCAUGCCAGGAAACAUCGUCUUUGUCUUGAAGAAGGGCAAUGAUAACUGGGCCACAGUCAUGUUCAAUGGGCAGAAGGGGCUUGUUCCCUGCAACUACCUUGAACCAGUUGAGCUACGGAUUCAUCCUCAGCAGCAGCCCCAGGAGGAAACCUCCCUGGAAUCUGACAUCCCACCUCCUCCCAGUUCCAAUGCCCCAGGGAGACCCCAGCUGUCACCAGGUCAGAAACAAAAAGAAGAGCCCAAGGAAAUACAGCUCAGGAUCCCCAGGCUCUACACACUCAAGGUGCACUACAAGUACACAGUGGUCAUGGAGACUCAGCCUGGGCUCCCUUACACCCAUGUCUGGCACAUGGUGUCCAAAAAACUGGAGCUCCUGCCGGAACAUACUAAGCUGAGUUAUCUGCCUCGGGACAGCAAUGAGCUGGUGACCCUUUCAGAAGAAAGCAUGCAGGAUGCCUGGAGCCAAGUGAAAAACUACUGCCUGACUCUUUGGUGUGAGAACACAGUGGGUGACCAAGGCUUCCUAGAAGAACCCAAGGAAAGUGAAGAAUCUGAUUUUAACAGCCAGACAAAAGAAUAUCAGUUUAAAGAAGGGAGCCGAGUGGUAGCACUCUUCAGUUAUAAGGCUACCCAACCAGAGGACCUAGAGUUUCUGGAAGGGGAUGUAAUCCUGGUGCUAUCAAAGGUGAACGAAGAAUGGCUGGAAGGGGAAUGUAAAGGAAAAGUUGGCAUUUUCCCUAAAGCUUUUGUUGAAGAAUGUGCAGCCACAGAUUUAGAUAGUACUCCUAGAGCAACCUAGGAUGAUUCACAAUCUACAAACUUGAAGGAAGCUUUAUUAUUUGUCUGCAAGAUUUAACACACUUCUGCUGUGGACCACAGAAGACAUCACAGUUUGGAAGUAUUAACUAACCUAACUUUUUUAUAUAAGAACUCAGGAUAAAGAUUUCCUGGUGCAUGGAGAGGCAGGGAGUGAAUGAAGUAUCUGGAAGGGCAUGAGAACGUUCUCUAGAGUGCUGAUAAUCUGUUUUCUGCUAAGUGCUGGUAAUCCAGAUGUAUUUACUUUGUGAAAAUUCACAGAAUUGCAGUUUUAAUCAAUGCAUGUUUCUGUAUAUUGUGAUAGCUCAAUAAAAAACUUAUAUAUAUGAAAAACUUAUCUACAAAAAUAAAAUAAAACACCCAGAGUCCUAGCGCCAAAGCUAAGUGGAAACUCUUAU